ACCCGCCAAGGGAACAAAAGCCCAGCCCCCUUUUGUUAAAUACUAACAUCAGGUGGUCUAAACCUACUAGUACUACGUCGUGCCGAGUUGGAAUCAAAGGCUUUCUCGUGAGCGAACCAAGCACUAAGAUGCCGAGCUACAAGCUGACGUAUUUCAAGGGGAAGGGCCGGGCGGAGUUGGCCCGGCUGCUGUUCGCUGCAGGCGGGAUUGAGUACGAGGACGUGCGGGUUGAAGGGGAGCAGUGGGCCGAGCUCAAGCCGAAAACUCCCAUGGGUCAACUGCCUAUCCUAGAAGUGGACGGAACCAUGAUCUGUCAGGGGAAGGCCAUCGGGAGGCUGGUCGCUAAAGAAACCGGUAUGGCAGGGAAGACCCAUCUGGACCAGGCCCGGGCAGACAUGAUCUGUGACGGGCUGGAUGACCUUGGGAUGAAGAUGGUGCCAGUCUUCACGGAGAAGGACGAAAAUAAGAAAGAAGAAAUGAAGAAGGAAAUGGCAGAGAAAACCAUGCCGCCGUUCUUUGACCUGUUUGAAAAGCUGGCGAGCGCGGAGGGAUAUUUCGUGGGGAACUCGUUGACCUGGGCUGACGUCAACUUCUUCGCCUUCGUCGGCUUCAUUUCCGGCUUCAUCCCGGGGGACCAUCUCAAAGGUUACGUCAACCUGAACAAAGUCAUGGGGAACGUCUCAUCCAACCCGGGCAUCGCGAAAUGGCUGAAGGAGAGGCCGGUCACACAGUUUUAAAUUACAAGCAGAUGCUUUGAGCCGAGAUUGUAUCUGGCACCCAAAUUACUGAGCGCCCAGAGUGUGUGACAAGUUUUCAAACGUUACUAUUAUUUCUUUCUUACAUCUGCUUGACGUUAACAACAGUCAUAGUCAUAGAUAUAUAUGUAGUCAUGAAAUUAAUAAUGUACUCAGUUGGUUUUAACUUUUUUAAAGUUUUUUUUUCUAUUCUUGGUUGGCGUAAAUUGAACUACGUUUUUUGUUAUAGAAACGUGUACGGAUCUGCAGAAUACAAGUUAUGUAAAUUCUUGUAUUUUGUAACGUUCUAUAGAUCCAUCUAUGGUAGAACCAUGUAAGGUCUCUCACUCUCAAUAAAAAGCCACGUUAUGAAAAGAA